UGAAUCUGUCUGUCAGUGUUCCUCCUCUCCAACCAGGUACCGGUGUGAAUCUGUCAGUGUUCCUCCUCUCCAAUCAGGUACCGGUGUGAAUCUGUCUGUCAGUGUUCCUCCUCUCCAAUCAGGUACCGGUGUGAAUCUGUCAGUGUUCCUCCUCUCCAAUCAGGUACCGGUAUGAAUCUGUCAGUGUUCCUCCUCUCCAACCAGGUACCGGUAUGAAUCUGUCAGUGUUCCUCCUCUCCAAUCAGGUACCGGUAUGAAUCUGUCUGUCAGUGUUCCUCCUCUCCAAUCAGGUACCGGUGUGAAUCUGUCAGUGUUCCUCCUCUCCAAUCAGGUACCGGUGUGAAUCUGUCUGUCAGUGUUCCUCCUCUCCAAUCAGGUACCGGUAUGAGUCUGUCAGUGUUCCUCCUCUCCAAUCAGGUACCGGUGUGAAUCUGUCAGUCAGUGUUCCUCCUCUCCAACCAGGUACCGGUGUGAAUCUGUCUGUCAGUGUUCCUCCUCUCCAACCAGGUACCGGUGUGAAUCUGUCAGUGUUCCUCCUCUCCAAUCAGGUACCGGUGUGAAUCUGUCAGUGUUCCUCCUCUCCAAUCAGGUACCGGUGUGAAUCUGUCAGUGUUCCUCCUCUCCAAUCAGGUACCGGUAUGAAUCUGUCAGUGUUCCUCCUCUCCAACCAGGUACCGGUAUGAAUCUGUCAGUGUUCCUCCUCUCCAAUCAGGUACCGGUAUGAAUCUGUCUGUCAGUGUUCCUCCUCUCCAAUCAGGUACCGGUGUGAAUCUGUCUGUCAGUGUUCCUCCUCUCCAAUCAGGUACCGGUAUGAAUCUGUCUGUCAGUGUUCCUCCUCUCCAAUCAGGUACCGGUGUGAAUCUGUCAGUCAGUGUUCCUCCUCUCCAAUCAGGUACCGGUAUGAAUCUGUCUGUCAGUGUUCCUCCUCUCCAACCAGGUACCGGUAUGAAUCUGUCUGUCAGUGUUCCUCCUCUCCAAUCAGGUACCGGUAUGAAUCUGUCUGUCAGUGUUCCUCCUCUCCAAUCAGGUACCGGUGUGAAUCUGUCAGUGUUCCUCCUCUCCAAUCAGGUACCGGUGUGAAUCUGUCUGUCAGUGUUCCUCCUCUCCAUUCAGGUACCGGUGUGAAUCUGUCUGUCAGUGUUCCUCCUCUCCAAUCAGGUACCGGUGUGAAUCUGUCAGUCAGUGUUCCUCCUCUCCAAUCAGGUACCGGUGUGAAUCUGUCUGUCAGUGUUCCUCCUCUCCAAUCAGGUACCGGUGUGAAUCUGUCUGUCAGUGUUCCUCCUCUCCAAUCAGGUACCGGUAUGAAUCUGUCAGUGUUCCUCCUCUCCAACCAGGUACCGGUAUGAAUCUGUCAGUGUUCCUCCUCUCCAAUCAGAUACCGGUGUGAAUCUGUCAGUCAGUGUUCCUCCUCUCCAAUCAGGUACCGGUGUGAAUCUGUCAGUGUUCCUCCUCUCCAAUCAGAUACCGGUGUGAAUCUGUCAGUCAGUGUUCCUCCUCUCCAAUCAGGUACCGGUGUGAAUCUGUCAGUGUUCCUCCUCUCCAAUCAGGUACCGGUGUGAAUCUGUCAGUGUUCCUCCUCUCCAAUCAGGUACCGGUAUGAAUCUGUCUGUCAGUGUUCCUCCUCUCAAAUCAGGUACCGGUAUGAAUCUGUCUGUCAGUGUUCCUCCUCUCCAAUCAGGUACCGGUGUGAAUCUGUCAGUGUUCCUCCUCUCUCUCUGACGUCGUUCUGUAAAUGGGUUUCUCCUCCACGUCGUUCUGUAAACGGGUUCCUCCCUGACGUCGUUCUGUAAAUGGGUUUCUCCUCCACGUCGUUCUGUAAAUGGGUUUCUCCUCCUCCACGUCGUUCUGUAAAUGGGUUUCUCCUCCACGUCGUUCUGUAAAUGGGUUUCUCUUCCUCCACGUCGUUCUGUAAAUGGGUUUCUCCUCCUCCACGUCGUUCUGUAAAUGGGUUUCUCCUCCUCCACGUCGUUCUGUAAAUGGGUUUCUCCUCCCUGACGUCGUUCUGUAAAUGGGUUUCUCUUCCCUGACGUCGUUCUGUAAAUGGGUUUCUCCUCCCUGACGUCGUUCUGUAAAUGGGUUUCUCCUCCUCCACGUCGUUCUGUAAAUGGGUUUCUCCUCCUCCACGUCGUUCUGUAAAUGGGUUUCUCCUCCCUGACGUCGUUCUGUAAAUGGGUUUCUCCUCCCUGACGUCGUUCUGUAAAUGGGUUUCUCCUCCCUGACGUCGUUCUGUAAAUGGGUUUCUCCUCCUCCACGUCGUUCUGUAAAUGGGUUUCUCCUCCCUGACGUCGUUCUGUAAAUGGGUUUCUCCUCCUCCACGUCGUUCUGUAAAUGGGUUCCUCCCUGACGUCGUUCUGUAAAUGGGUUUCUCCUCCUCCACGUCGUUCUGUAAAUGGGUUUCUCCUCCUCCACGUCGUUCUGUAAAUGGGUUUCUCCUCCUCCACGUCGUUCUGUAAAUGGGUUUCUCCUCCUCCACGUCGUUCUGUAAAUGGGUUUCUCCUCCUCCACGUCGUUCUGUAAAUGGGUUUCUCCUCCUCCACGUCGUUCUGUAAAUGGGUUUCUCCUCCCUGACGUCGUUCUGUAAAUGGGCUUCUCCUCCUCCACGUCGUUCUGUAAAUGGGUUUCUCCUCCUCCACGUCGUUCUGUAAAUGGGUUUCUCCUCCUCCACGUCGUUCUGUAAAUGGGUUUCUCCUCCUCCACGUCGUUCUGUAAAUGGGUUUCUCCUCCUCCACGUCGUUCUGUAAACGGGUUUCUCUUCCCUGACGUCGUUCUGUAAACG